AUGACGUCAUCGCCAGUCAGAUUUCUCGCCCCAAGGCCCAGAACUUGCUGCAAACACGUGUGGAGGUUACUGCCCCUGCGUCGCCGACAGUUUCGCCGUUCGUUGUCUUUCUUUGUUCUGAUCGUCAUCGUGGCGUUUGUCUUGAAGCUGCACGAGCUGGUCAGCACGCUGGCUGUCGUGCCGGGUACCAGCGAGGAGCUGAGUCCCGGGUGGUUGGCCCGGGGGUACGACGUCCCGGACACGACGGAAAACGAGGAGCAGGUUCAAGCGCGGCGUAGGUUCGCUGCGUUGGGGGUCAAGUUAAUCAAACUCCCCGAACAACCAAAGGUUUACAAAUUCCAAAUCUCGCGAGAUAACAACCUCACGACGUUUAUGUUAAAGAAAAAUGUAAACAUUACCACAUCCGGUGAUGCUUUCACUAUCGUACAAUCCACAUCCGACCCGCCCCCACCGCCAUUUUUAACCGUACUAGUCAUCUCCCGGCCUUGCAACGUGCUGUUAAGACAAGCCAUACGUAAAACCUGGGGCCUGUCCGCGGCAGAUUUAGCCGUGUCCGUUCUCUUCGUGGUCGGCUACGACGAAUCUUGGAGCAGUGUCAUCCACCGCGAGACCAAACUCCACCAGGACCUCAUCGCCCUGGACGAGGAAGACACGUACGAAUCCCUGCCCAACAAAGUCCUGUCCGGCAUCUCGCACGUCCUUCACCAGCGCCCCACCCCCCAGUACGUCAUGAAGGUAGACGACGACACCGUGGUGAACUUGGCGUACCUGGUCCAAGAACUCCACUCAGGAAUCAUCAACUCCUCCCAGAUCUUGGGCGCCAUUUAUAUCAACUCCCUGGUUAUCCGGGACCCCCACGACAAAUGGGCGGUCAGCGUUUUGGAUUAUCCGUACCCUACCUACCCGACGUACGCGUUCGGGGGUGGGUAUGUCUUACCGUUACCCGCAGCGGUGAAGAUUAUGCAGACUCGCGCGAAGACGUUCGACUGGAUUCAUCUAGAAGAUGUUUACAUCACAGGGAUACUGGCCAGGCGAGCUCAGCUCUCGCAUGUGCAUCACGAGGGGUUCGCGUACUGGACGAGUGUUAAGGCGAGCGCGUGUGAGUUUGUUUUGAUGAGGCGGGUGACGAGCGUGAACCACACGGAGAUGGAGGUGUAUCUGUUGUACCAGCACACGCAGGACCUGAUCAAGGGGAGGGACUUUUCCAACUGUUCUCUGGUCACCGUGAGACGGUGA